AAUGCUGGAUCCUCUCAGCGGCUCUGCCGACUAGUUCCAGGAUUUUCAAUUCAAAUUAGAUCAACGGAUCAUCCGAACUAAACGGAGUAACUGUGGUUUGUUAAGGAGCGAUCAGCAGAACUGGUACCGGCUCGAAGUCAGGCCGAGCUCCUCAGCCGCGGCCUCGGGUUCCGGGCCCGGAGCCCGCGGCUGUGGGCUGGACUCGGCCCCGGGACUCACCCUGAUGAUGUCCUUCAGCUCCGGCGCCAAGUUGAGCAGCAGCAGGAUGGAAGUCUUCAUAAUCCAGACACAGCAUCAUCAUAAAGCACUCUGGCAUCAGGACAUGGGCUUCACUGGCUGGACCAGCAUUUAUUGCCCAUCCCUAGUUGCCCUUGUCAACUGAGUAGCCUGCUUGUUCAUUUCAGAGGGGAUUUAAGAGUCAACCACAUUGUCAGUCUGGACCAGCUCUUUCAGCAGCGCAGCACAAAUUUGCUCGGUCACUUGGGGAGUUUUCGUUUGAAUUUAUUGGAGAUGCUGAGACAGACGAUGAGCGAUGCAUUGAUGAGUCACUUCAAGAGUUUGCAGCAUUUUUACACAACCUCGAGGAGCAAAGAAAAAUGAUGAUGCUUAACAUCCGUGAAACGUUUAUUAAACCACUGGAGAAAUUCAGAAAGGAUCAGAUUGGAGCAGCGAAGGAAGAAAAGAAAAAGUAUGACAAAGAAACUGAGAAAUACUACAGCAUAUUGGAAAAACAUGUCAAUUUGUCAGCAAAGAAGAAAGAAACAUUGCUGUUAGAGGCAGAUAGUCAACUAGAGCAGAUUCGGCAACACUACUAUGAAUUAUCACUAGAGUAUGUGUGUAAGGUGCAAGAAAUCCAAGAGCGCAGGAAGUUUGAGUUUGUGGAGCCUAUGUUGUCUUUUUUUCAGAUGCUUUUCACCUUUUAUCAUCAGGGCUAUGAGCUGGCCAAAGAUUUUAACCACUACAAAACAGCACUACACCUCAACAUACAAAAUGCAAGAAAUCGAUUUGAAGGUGCAAGGUCAGAAGUAGAGGAACUGAUGAAUAAGAUUAAGAAAAACCCUCAUGAGUUGACCAGAACAACUCCAUUUACUAUGGAGGGUUACCUUUACCUGCAUGAAAAAAGAACGGGUCCUUUUGGUUCAAGUUGGGUGAAACAUUACUGCUCAUAUAAAAAGGAGACAAAGAGGUUUACCAUGGUGCAGUUUGAUCAGAGGUCAGGUGGGAAAAUUGGCGAUGAAGAUACAUUCGUUCUUAAAUCAUGCACAAGAAAAAAGUCUGAUGCUACAGACAAGAGAUUUUGUUUUGAUAUAGAAGCAGUGGGCAGGCAAGGUGUGAUCACCAUGCAGGCUAUUACAGAAGAUGAUCGCAGACAGUGGAUGGAAGCUUUGGAUGGAAAAGAACCUGUAUAUUUAAUUACUAGGAGUAAUUCCAGGAGAGAAGGAAAUGUACAACUGAAUGAAAUGGGUUUCAAUAUAAUAAAGAAAUGCAUCCAAGCACUUGAGACACGGGGACUCAAUGAUCAAGGAUUAUAUAGAGUGGUUGGAGUCAGUUCAAAAGUCCAGAGGCUAAUGAGUUUGUUGAGUGAUUCAAAGGUUUGUGCUGACCUGGAUCUGGACAACUCACUAGAAUGGGAAACAAAAACUAUUACCAGUUCACUGAAACACUAUUUGCGGAAUCUUCCAGAGCCUCUCAUGACAUACAAUUUGCAUGAGGAAUUCAUCUCACUAGCCAAAUGUGGUAGUCCAGAAUCCAGAAUCAAGCCAAUUCAUUCUCUCAUUCAUAAACUUCCGGAAAAGAAUCAAGAGAUGUUGGACCUCCUCAUCAAGCAUUUAGCUAAUGUAUCUAAUAAUGCAAAGCAGAACUUGAUGACCAUAGCAAAUCUUGGAGUAGUGUUUGGUCCGACUCUGAUGCGGGCACGGCAGGAAACUGUUGCAGCCAUCAUGGACCUCAAGUUUCAGAACAUCGUUGUGGAAAUUCUAAUUGAAAACUAUGAAAAGAUAUUCAGGACAGUUCCAGAUGCCAGUGUGGGCCAAUCAGACACUUCGUCAAUGCCAUCCUCGAAUACACUGACCAGGCGGACAUUACAUGGCCCACGCCAUUCAAGGCCCAUAGCUGUGUACAAUGUUUCUGUGGACCUAAGUAAAGCUGAGAAUCCUAACAGUGGCGUCGAUAAUACUCCAAGUGGAAGCAUGGAAUCCAUUUCUUCCCACUCCUCGGUAACAACAACAUCCUCCAACUCCAACAGCCCCCCAGAACAAGCCAGGAAUCGUGUCCAUCCUGGCAACAUAGAUGCCGCUGAUUGCACAUCUUCUCCUUCAUUAAUAUCAAUGGCUUCCUGCUUCAAUUCUUCACCGACUUCACUGCCAUCCUUCCAGUUUCCAUCUGAGACUGCCAGUGGUGACAAACCUCCCAAUGGGGUUCCAAACCAUAAAGCCAAGGCUGUUUACUCAUGUGAAGCAGAGCAUUACUCAGAGUUAUCCUUCAAAGUGGGAGCAAUAUUUGAAAAUGUUCACUCUUCACGGGAACCUGGUUGGCUAGAAGGAACCCUCAAUGGCAAAACAGGACUUAUUCCAGAAAAUUAUGUUGAAUUCCUGUAGCACUGAGCCAUUGAAAUUUAUAGAAAAUACUAUUCAUGGUAUCCAUGGCCGUUCUUGACAAGACCGAACUAUCAUUCGUUCUACCUUAACUUCACGACUGAGAUUUCUCAACUGGAAUCAAGGGGAAUAUUGAUUUCUAUAACUAACACACAACUAACCUCUGGUAUCUGUAAACUUGUGUGCUUUUUAAAAUUAAAUAUAGCCUGAAGUGCUACUGUCACUUCUUCAUGCCAUUUUAAUUAUUACAAGCUUUUAUCAUAGGAUUCAACAGAUUGGUGCAGUAUUAGCAAGUUUUAUUGGAAUAACCUGAAACAACACUUGCUAGCUUUGGACUUAAUUUUUUCUAUCUACUUUGAAUUCACAGUGUGAUUCUAUGAAUCCCCUUAUCUUCACUAUGCCUUUGAAGCAAAUUAAUAAAAGGGUCACAAUAAAAGAUUGGGGGAGGGGGCAUUGUUUCUAUGCAGUUUUGCUUAUUCAUUGCUGAUCAUGUCAAAUGAUUAGAUGUUUCAGUUUUAAGAAACAUUAGAAAUGCUUUUUUUAAAAAAAAAAAUCUUGUGCAUUUGUGCAACAUUUGAUGUAAUUUGGUGCAUUUUAGCCUUCAAUAUAAAAUAACAGGCCUGAUGACUGCAGUGGACUUCCAUUUUUACACUGUUAAUGAAUAUUGCAAUAGGAUUUUCAUCAAUUCAUGAAUAAUUUGGAAAUUCCAUUCAAUUUUUAAGAACAGAUAUUUACAAACUCUUCAGUUGCUAUAUAUUUGUAUUCAUUUUAACUGUACAACUGUUAUUUCCAGUUUAAUGAUUUAUUAUACUUAUGAAAACUGUCAUAACUUUAAUCGUAAUGUGUGCACAAAUGUGGUCAACAAUGUCACAAAUUUAAAGCCUUCCAAAAUCUGCAGAACAUGAUCCUGUAACUACAUUUGGAAAUAAAGAUCACUGUCAGUAA